UAUUCUGCGCUCGAGCGUACAGCCUUGUGAAAGCCUGUGCGGGAAAAUGGGGGCGCGGAGAUAACGGUGUCGAAAAAAAAAAGACUUUAACCUGCAACUCCGGAAGCUUUGAGUCACUGUCUCUCUUAGUCUCUGUCUCAGUCUAUCUCUCUCUCUCUUUCUCUCAGUCUCUCUGUUCUGUCUCGGUGUCCCGAUACGCGGAAUUACGCUCCGGAGCCGCUCGCGCUGACGGACAUGAAGCGCGAGCACACAUGAAUUUGUCCCAACGCUGCAAACGGAGCGACAACAAAGGACUUGAGGUUCAAACUGCUGAGGAUUCCCAAAACCAAGACAUGAAGCCAAACCGGGUUUAAAAAGACUAGCGUGCGUGCCUGGACGAUUGUGUGUGCCUACCCGUCAUGGCUCGUGGCUCGGUGGAGCUGUUUCCCUCUACCGUCUUGUUCCUGCUGGCCGUCUUGCUCUCAACGCUGUCCAGCACUUGCCAUGCCUUAUCUUCCCCCAAGUUCACAAAGAUCCCGACAGAUCAGAUAGGAGUGUCCGGUGGUGUGGUGUCUUUCGUGUGUCAAGCUACAGGCGACCCGAAGCCACAGGUCGUCUGGAACAAAAAGGGCAAAAAGGUCAACUCCCAGAGGAUAGAGACCAUCGAGUUUGAUGAAGGAGCAGGGGCGGUGCUUCGUAUCCAGCCACUGCGAGCGCCGCGAGAUGAGAAUGUUUACGAAUGUGUGGCCCGGAACAGUGAGGGCGAAAUCGCAGUCACCUCCAAGCUGUCCAUUAUCAGAGAGGACCUGCUGCCAUUUGGCUUCCCCAGUAUAGACAUGGGUCCCCAGCUGAAGGUGGUGGAGCGGACGCGCACAGCCACCAUGCUCUGCGCUGCCAGUGGCAUCCCCGAUCCAGAGAUCUCCUGGUUCAAGGACUUUCUUCCCGUGGAGCCGGCGCUCAGCCAGGGCCGAAUUAAACAGCUUCGAUCAGGUGCCUUGCAGAUUGAGCGGACCGAGGAGACAGACCAGGGGAAAUAUGAGUGUGUAGCGUCAAACUCGCAAGGAGUGCGCUACUCCUCCCCGGCCAAUCUUUAUGUGAGAGUUCGCCGAGUUCCGCCUCGUUUCACCAUCCUGCCCUCGAGUCACGAGAUCAUGCCAGGAGGAAGUGUAAAUAUCACAUGUGUAGCAGUGGGUUCCCCCAUGCCCUACGUGAAAUGGAUGCUGAACUCUGAAGACCUUACGCCCGAAGACGAGAUGCCGGUCGGCCGGAAUGUUCUGGAGCUGAACGGCGUCCGUGAGUCAGCCAACUACACCUGCGUGGCCAUGAGCAGCCUGGGGAUUAUAGAAGCUGUGGCUCAGGUCAUCGUUAAAUCAUUACCCAGAGCCCCCGGGACCCCCAUUGUGACAGAGACAACUGCCACAAGCAUCACCAUCACCUGGGACUCUGGAAACCCUGACCCCGUGUCCUAUUAUAUCAUCCAGUACCGAGCAAAAUCACCCGAUAGCAAGUUCGAGACGGUGGACAGCAUCACGACAACACGCUACAGUAUUGGUGGCCUCUACCCCAACACUGAGUACGAGAUCCGUGUCUCUGCGUUUAACACCAUUGGUCAAGGCCCGCCCAGCAACAAGGUGGAGGCUAGGACCGGGGAGCAGGCACCUGCCAGCCCGCCUCGGAAUGUCCAGGCUCAAAUAAUCUCACCCAGUGCAGUGACUGUCAGGUGGGAGGAGCCUGAAGAACCCAAUGGCCAGAUAAAGGGCUAUCGAGUUUACUACACCAUGGAUCCCUCGCAGCCAAUGAGCAACUGGAAGAUCCAUAAUGUUCAGGAUAGUGUGAUCACCACCAUCCAGAGCCUGGCUCCAUCAGAGACCUAUACCAUCCGUGUGCUUGCUUUUACUUCUGUAGGAGAUGGACCCUUCUCUGACUCGGUGCACGUUAAAGUGCUUCCUGGGGUCCCAGGCCAGCCGGGGAAGUUCCGGGUGGGCAAAGUGAGAGAUACGAGCAUCGAGCUGAUGUGGGAUCCGCCUUUCUCCAAAGAGCCCAUCAAGAGCUAUGAGCUCAUUUACAGAGCUGCCAAGCAUGGUGCACAGGAGAAGAAAAGCUUCGAGCCCAAGUCCUCGUAUGUUGUUGAGGGUCUGCGAGCAAACACCGAGUACACCUUCUCUCUGGCGGCCAUUUCCAGCAAAGGCAUUGGCGCCUUCACCAACGAGAUCUUCCACCGCACUGCGCAAGCCAGGAGCACUCUGGGUACUGCAAGGGGACCAUGGGAACCUUCCUACCCAUUGUUUCCUCCACUUCUCUUGGAUGCUUCUGGAUUAUGGAAAAGCAGGAAAAAUCCAGGCACCAAUGCGAUAAAGACACGGGAAACCAUUGAUGCCAUCCACAAGCGCGUUGGUGGACGAUAUGUUCCCAGGAACUUCUCUGUGAAUCUGGCGACCAAGACAAGUGUGUUGCUAACGUGGGAGUUUCCCGAAAGCAGCUCCCCCUAUCGAUUUACUGUGGAGUACAACCGUCAAAAGAUGGAGGUGGAUGCUCGCUUGAGGAAGGCUGUGAUCCCGAACCUGAUGCCUGACACCAGCUACGAUUUCAAAAUCACCAGUCCUGAGGGCAACCUGGGAGGCCUGAGACACCGCAUCCAUGCCAAAACCUCACCUCCCAUGGUCAUCAAUCGGCCAGAGAUCGACCACAGUCGUGACACUGAGACCACCAUCACAAUCAUACUGCCAUCACUGGAUACCAGGAACAAUGUUAGGAAUAUCUAUGUGGUGGUGGUUCCUCUGAAGAGAGGCCGAGGAGGGAACCGGCAUCUAAAGAGCCCAGAUGAAAUGGAUUUGGAAGAGCUGUUGAAGGACAUUAGCCAGAAGCAGCAUGACCCACGGCAGAGGCAAGUGGACCUUCGUCGUGCGUACAUCACCGCUCGCUUCACUCCCUCCACCCUGCCUGCGUUCUUCACACUUGGGGACCAGCUGGACUACGGUGGUUUUGAUAACCGUGCUCUGGAAUCCGGCCAGGAGUACGUCUUCUUUAUCCUCGCUGAACUCAAUUCCACCACUGGGAAGAUGUUCGUUGCCAGCCCCUACACGGACCCGGUUAUUGCACCUGACUCAGACCCCCAGCCUCUGGAUGCUGGAGAUGGACUCAUCUGGGUGGUGGGACCCGUCCUAGCUGUUGUCUUCAUCAUCUGCAUCGUCAUCGCUAUCCUGCUGUACAAGAACAAGCGCAAAGACUCCGAGCCUGGCACCAAGUGUUUACUGAACAACGCUGAAAUGAUGGCUCAUCACCCCACCGACCCCGUCGAGAUGAGACGCAUCAACUUCCAGACGCCAGGUAUGAUGAGUCACCCCCCUAUUCCCAUCUCCGAGCUGGCAGAACACACCGAGCUUCUGAAGGCCAACGACAACCUCCGGCUCUCCCAGGAGUACGAGUCUAUUGAUCCCGGGCAGCAGUUCACAUGGGAGCACUCGAACCUGGAAGUGAACAAACCAAAGAACCGCUACGCUAACGUCAUCGCCUAUGAUCACACCAGAGUCAUCCUCGCACCAGUGAAUGGCAUUAUCGGUAGUGACUACAUCAAUGCAAACUACAUCGAUGGCUACAGGAAGCAGAACGCGUACAUCGCAACACAGGGCCCGCUGCCUGAAACGUUCGGAGACUUCUGGAGGAUGGUGUGGGAGCAGAGAGCUGCGUCGAUAGUGAUGAUGACUAAACUGGAGGAGAAAUCACGGAUAAAGUGCGAUCAGUAUUGGCCCAGCAGAGGAACGGAAACUUAUGGCCUGGUGCAGGUGACACUUCUGGACACCAUGGAGCUCGCAACAUUCUGUGUCCGGACACUCUCACUGCACAAGGGUGGCUGUAAUGAGAGGAGGGAGGUGCGACAGUUCCAGUUCACGGCAUGGCCUGAUCAUGGUGUUCCCGAGUAUCCUACUCCAUUCUUGGCUUUCCUUCGCAGAGUUAAGGCCUGUAAUCCUCCAGAUGCAGGGCCUAUUAUCGUUCACUGCAGUGCUGGCGUGGGACGUACAGGCUGCUUCAUCGUGAUCGAUGCCAUGCUUGAGCGUAUCCGUCACGAGCGCACAGUGGACAUCUAUGGUCACGUGACGCUGAUGCGUUCUCAGAGGAAUUACAUGGUGCAGACGGAGGAUCAGUACAGCUUCAUCCAUGAGGCCCUGCUAGAGGCUGUCACCUGUGGCAACACCGAGGUGGCAGCACGCAGCCUCUACUCCUACAUGCAGAAACUGGCACAGGUGGAGAGUGGCGAGCAUGUCACAGGCAGGGCACUGGAAUUCAAGCGCCUGGCGAACACUAAAGCUCACACGUCCAGGUUUGUGACGGCUAACUUGCCCUGCAACAAGUUCAAGAACAGGCUGGUGAACAUCAUGCCGUAUGAGACCACCCGUGUGUGCCUGCAGCCAAUCAGAGGCCUCGAUGGCUCCGACUAUAUCAACGCCAGCUUUAUUGAUGGAUACAGGCAACAGAAGGCGUACAUCGCCACACAAGGUCCUUUAGCAGAGACCACAGAGGAUUUCUGGAGGAUGCUGUGGGAGCACAACUCCACCAUCGUGGUCAUGCUUACCAAAUUAAGAGAAAUGGGGAGGGAAAAAUGUCACCAGUACUGGCCUGCCGAACGCUCUGCCCGCUACCAGUACUUUGUUGUGGACCCCAUGGCCGAGUACAACAUGCCUCAGUAUAUCCUGAGAGAGUUCAAAGUUACAGAUGCAAGAGAUGGACAGUCACGGACAGUCAGGCAGUUCCAGUUCACGGACUGGCCUGAACAGGGAGUGCCAAAAUCAGGAGAGGGCUUCAUCGAUUUUAUCGGGCAGGUGCACAAAACCAAGGAGCAGUUCGGGCAGGACGGGCCAAUCACUGUCCACUGCAGUGCGGGCGUGGGGAGGACAGGUGUGUUCAUCACUCUUAGUAUUGUACUGGAAAGGAUGCGUUACGAGGGAGCUGUGGACAUCUUCCAAACAGUCAAAAUGCUGCGCACACAACGACCAGCCAUGGUGCAGACGGAGGAUGAAUACCAGUUCUGUUACCAGGCCGCGCUCGAGUACCUGGGAAGCUUCGAUCACUAUGCAACAUAAAGGGAGGAAGAGCACACUCAUCUCACCAACACCUGUGUCAAUGUUCUACAAACGCUACAGAAAGUCUCUUGUUCUCUUGAUGCCAUUGUGAAGGGGAAUGUUUUUUGACGUACGAUGACAUCGGAAACUAGUGUGGAGGAGGGGGGGAAAAAAUUACAAAAAUGACAAACUAAAAUGUUUUCUCUCGAGAGCUUCCCAGGGAAGUUCUGUAUCACAGCAAGCUUAUUACCUCAGUGUUCAGUUAUUGAUAUUAAUGUUGUGGUCGCCUUUUUAGAAAUAUUACAACGUGGAUAAAUAAAUGAAACCUCUUUCAAAACAACAACAACAACAACAAAUAUGAUAUGUAAAAAAAAAAACAUUGAAAUCAAAUGCCUGGAAAAUUGCUGCACUCUUUACUGGGAGUUUAACCUGAACUGUAUUUGCCAACAAAAAGAUCAGAGGUGAACUCCAGUCAGCUCCUGUAUGACGAAGGUUUUCAGUGGCGUAAAGGAAGCAGAACUCGUACCUUCUGUGCCUAAUGGAGCAACAACAGCGGAGGGUCAAAGGUUACGGAUUCUCUCGUUUUUUUUCCGGAGGCGAACGGCUGUAUCACUGACUCUUCUUACACUACAUUAUUAAUGUGAUAUAAUCAGCUUCAGUGUCUCUUUUACUCCUGGUCAGUUGGAGCGCUAUUGUGAUUGAACCUUGCCUUUUGAAGAGCUGUCAGAUAUGUCUAUAGAUUUUGUCGGUUUUCGACAGAGCGCCUGUGAAUACUGUUAUUCUGAUGUGUGUCACUCUUUCUCUUUCUUUCCUUUUCUCUCUGUCUCUUUCUCUCUCCACAAAUAUGCUGCUUAUACCCUGUGUGUGAGAGAAGAAAAUGAGUUAGCAACGGCUUAAAUUUAGUCAUCUCCUGAAAAUGGCAAGAAAAAAAAAUACAUGAAGGUUCGAGAUUGAAAAAAAAAAAAUAAAAAAAGCUGCUGGUUUGGUUUGGGCCCACAUGUAAAUGGUGUUCUAACAAUCUGCCUUUAUUGUGUAACGACAUAAACACUAGGGGUAGUAAUAACCAUAACAUGACCAUAUACCUUGGCAGAAAAUAUCAACCUGAAGUAUCUCUACUUCUAAAAACACCGACUCUAAACGUCGCGAUAAGAUUUCCCCUUGCAAGUGAAUUUCGAAGCAUUCUAGCGUUCCUACUAAAAACUGAAAAAGCUUCAUAAAGUUAAAUACAAACCCUUGGCAAAAAAAAAAAAAAAAAGACUGAUUGCAGAAACCAGUCUGAUGUUCCAUUUGUAAUUUAUCUAGAAGAAAACGUUCUGUUUUUGUUUCGUGGAGGACUCGUGUAUAGGCGUAGCACAGAUGAGUUUUAUAUGAGUAGUUCCAGAGGAUUUAGCACAAGCUGUCUGAAAAAGGAGGAAGACGGAGGACAGUUUUUUCAUAGGUCUGAUACUCUUCUCGUCAAGAGACUAAAAGUGAAGCCUUAUCGUCGUCGUCAAAUAUUUAACCAACAUGAUUUUUUUUUAUUUUGGUUUUUCCUGAUAUUAUGCUUGUAUUUUUAACGAUAUUUAUAUUCUUUUUUUUUUUUCGAGUACUUGCUGGAAUAUAAUCGACGAGAUGUUGUGUAGUUGGCAAGCUAACGUGACUGUACAUGGUCCCUCUGUACGUUUUUUUGAUAUUUCCUGUACAAUUCUCUCUUAGAAUGUCCUGUAGGAACGAAACAGCACAAGGCCUGGACCAAGCUUGUUCCUUAAAUAAAAAAUAAUAAUAAUGAUUUCCCAGCCGGGCCAAACAACACUCUUUAAAUGUGUGAAAAUGACCAUGUACUCUGUUUCUUGCCCGAAAGAUCAUCUCUCCAGAGUGUCUGUACUAUAAAUACAAUUCUCCUGCUUAUAAUAUUGAUUAGGCCAAAACAAAUACCAACCAUUUGAAAUACAUUGGAGAGAGAGAUUAAGGGACAUUAAAAUGACCACAUCGACUUAUCGAGCCUGUUGUUUAAAGCACAUACUGAUGGAAUACUGAUGUUAUUUUAACUUUAAUAUUUAUUACCCUUUAUCAUCCGAUCUACUUAUUUAUAUAGGAUUACGACUGAUGUUCGUUGAAAUAUAUGGAAAUGGUUAUGGUGAAAUUGCACAAUAUAUACAGCAUUAUGAUCAAACUUAUGAGCUCUCAUAUGGAGCAUAUGUUCAAAUGCACUUUGCAGUUUAAUAUGGGCUGAAGGGAUAGAGGAGAGAUACGUAUUCUCAAUCCUUGUCCUUUAAGGUAAAGCACAUCUAGAAGAAAGAACUGAAUAUGUAACAACUUUAAACCAACUGUACAAACAGUAUAUACUGUAUAGCCAACUUUUGACUUAUCUUACAAAUACUACAGCGCAUACAGUGUCCACAGAAAAUAUUCAUCCUCUAGUGAGUCUUUCCCUUUUUUUUGUAGUGGUGUAACAGCAAAAUUUCAGUCCAUUUUAAUACAUUAGAAUGGGAUUUUUUUUCCUUUCUCCUUUUGAAGUGAUUAGUUACAGAAAUAAAAUUAAAAGGACUUAUUUAGAUCAUUACAAAUCAAUCAUCUUCAUUGAUAAGGAUUCACAUAGCCAACCCACAUACCCAAUUCUUGUCAAGUGCAUUGUAUUUUUUCAGCAAGUAGUCCUUGGGAGUCAUCAUGGAUAUGUCUCUAUGAGCUUAGCACAUGAGACUCACCCAGUAAUCAAAACCCAUUUAAAUAUCAUAAUGAUGAAUUUAAAUCAUUAAAGCAAACAUGAUAAAGACACACACACACACACACACACACACACAAAAAAAAGGGACACCCCCUAUAUGGGGGGUAGA